ACGAAAUCGUGUUCAACUCUCGUCUGAGGCAGUUUCUCCGUUUUGCAGUCACAGUCAGUCCAGGGCCGAAGUCGAGCCAACUACGUAGUAGUAUUAACUAACAUUUUGCAUUCUCAACUCAACUCCAAGUAAUCUGAUUCACUUCGUUUCCAUUAUAAUACAACUUUGAUCGUCUUUUUUGCAAAAGGAUUGUCGCAGCCGAACCCGCUUGAAGUUUCAGGUGACGGCAAUAUGUCGGAGACUGAAGUGUGUCUCAAGUGGAAUACCUUCCAGGAAUGCAUACUAUCUAGCUUUGGGCUUCUAUGGCAGGAGGAUCAGCUGACCGAUGUGACAAUAACAGCUGGACAUGAUGCCUUCCAUGCUCACAAGGUCAUUCUGUCAGCUUGCAGCCCUUUCUUCAAGAAAAUAUUCCAGGAGACACGCUGCAAGCAUCCAACGAUCAUUCUACCAGGGGCGAACGAAAAUGAUUUGAAGAAGAUUCUGGCGUUUAUUUACAAAGGAGAAGUUUUCAUUGAACAGGAAAGGUUAUCACCUUUUCUACGGCUUGCUGAAGAACUGCAAAUAAGAGGCUUAUGGAAGCCAAAUGAAAUACAGGAGACCUCUGAGCCAGCAGUCUAUGAGAACAGAUUUGAUGAACCAAAUCGGAUUCGUAAACUAACAGGUGAACCACCCAGCAAGAAAGCGAAACGAAAAAGAGCUCCCGAUUCUGGCUGCAGCUCAUUUCAGCCCGAAACACCGACACCCAUUCGACUAGAAGAAAUAAAGCAGGAAGAUACCACUGAGAAUAACUUCAGAUCGCAAAUGGAUAACCCUUUCGAGAACUAUGGACUUAUAGCAUCGAAGUGGAUGAAAAAUGAAGAGCCCACAGAAGAGCAUCAUCUUCCAAUUACAAGUAGAGACAUGGAUCAAUACCCUUAUUUGCGAUUGCCAUAUGCAGAUCUCCUACCUUCCACAGAGCACUUACAAGUUUGGGCAAGAAACCGAAGUCUAGUCCAGUUCGCCUGUGAUCUCAUGAAAUUACUAUUUACUAAAGAUGAACGGAUAGUCUGCAAUGUUAACGGCAAAAUGGGAAAACUACAGUUCAACCCUCAUAAAAUUAAUCUCAUAAAAGAGGUUUUACAGUUUUAUGCUCGUAUACCAGAAAGUGCUUUCGAAGAACAGUGGAAGGUGUGCGUCACUAAAAUAGAUACAGCAAACAGAGGCUUAAAGCGACGAUACAAGUGUAAAGACAUCUUCAGUUACGAUAGUAGAUCAUAAUUUUCUUAUGUCGAAAGUUUGUGGAGUAGUUGUUCAUUAAAUUAUUAUUAUUUGAAUAAACCAUUUUUU